AUGAACAAAGAUGAAGACGCCGUUGAAUAUAAAAUCCACCAAGCGUUCCAAGAUGGCAUCUAUUACUGGGGUACCAAGAAUUAUGUCUACUGUCUAAUGCAGGCUGGAAAAUGGGGUGUCACCUAUCACAGAAGCACCAACAUGAACUUGAACAAAGAUUGCAAAGACUUCAGCGUUCACGAGUCAGUGCUCAAUUUUCUCCCUGGUGGUAUGGCGUACACCCACGGAAAAGUGUUCGGGCAUUGGAUAGAAGUAAAAUGUCUUCAAAACGACUCCAACACUGCCAUAGAAUGGAAAAAAAACAUCAAGAAAACCGUUGGAUUUGACAAGAGUACAAUAUCCUCCAUAGAGUCUAGCUGGUCCAUCGAGACGACAAGAAGCAAAGAUAAGCAGAUAAAUGUUUCUAAAUUGAUUGAGUGUCUCUGUAAAGUUCAGUAUGGCCUUAAGGAGACGUUUGGUGGAAAGAUGGUCAACACAGCGCAGUUCGAAUGGAGUGACACCACUGAAAAAGAAGAAACCCUUCAGGUGAAUAUCCCACCGAAUACCAAGCUGUACGUUUGGCAGUUUCAAAUGGGCUUUGGAGAGAAGAAUAACCUCUUCAGUAUUGACACUAAGAUCACAUACAAUGAAACACCACCUGAGAAACCAUUAAAGUACUUUAAGCGCUAG